UUUAAAACUUUCUUCAUUUAAUUUAUCGUAUUUUUUGCCAAACCAGCAGCGCCCGGUUUUGUGCGUUCCUGUUGCAGUGCGAAACCAAACCCCCGUUGUCAUCGUUCAUCUCAAUCGCGGUUCCCGCCUUUCCGCCAUUUUUGCGUCUGGGUGUGCGCGUCGUGAAAUGUUGUGCACGUUUUCGUCAGCGUGUCGGCUCCGCUGAGUCUCUUCGGAACGUAUUUGCGAACAGAAAUGUUUGCAGUCAUAAGGUAUUUGAAUGAGUUCAACAACAACCUUUAUACUGUGCCUGUGAGUAGCAUCAGGGACUUCUGUCCUAAGGAUGACGCAGACUUCGACAAGAACAAGAAGUAUAGUGCCUUUUGGGAGGACGAGGACGACGAUGUUCGCGGCUAUUACUCGGCUCAAAUUUUGAUGCUUGCCUACAGCGAACAAGAACUUGAAGAAAAGCAGGAGUCAUGUCGCAUUCGGAAACCGAAGAUUCCUGCUUCGGAAGUUGAGGCCACAGACAUUGAGAGCGAUAGUGUCAUGUCUCAAAAGGAAAAUUCACGAAAGGAGCACAAGAAAAAAAAGGCUAUGCAGAAGGCUGCAAAGGACAGUGCCUACAAACGUGUCCUGAAGGAGCAAAUCACCAGUGCAAAAAGAAGUCUUGAAGAUGUGCUGGCACCAAAAAAUUUGCCAAUGAAUAAGCGACAAAAACACUCUAAGGAUCCACGAGCUGAUGAGGAAGUGUGCUGGCGCAGCUUGUACGCAGAGACACGCAAGGAAAAUGAGAAGCUCCUUAAUGUUCUACAGUCAUUGCAGCAGUGUGUUGACAAGAAGCUCUCAUCAAUUGAACUCUUACUGCAAAAGUGCAAAGGUCUGCCCCAGACCUGUACAAGCCGGUCACAGCCUAUUGAACUAGAGAUGGCCCAUGGUACCCAACUGUCUUCAAGCCAAGCUUCAAUGGUGCCAUCAUCACCCCAGCAAUCUUUGAGCCAUCUGCUGCCUUCACUAGAAGACAACUGCAGUGCUCCACCAUCGCCCUUGCAGCUUAGGGAUCCUGACGUGCCACAGUCGCGAACAGCAGAAGCAGAUGAGCAUGUCCGUAGUCAGGUGAUGUUGCCGCCUCAACUGCCAGAUAACUUGUGCGCCUCUUCGCCGCUGGAUGCCUUAAGUGCAGCUGGAGCUCAAGCGGAACCAUUCACAUACUUGAAAAAUGGGAAGUUUCACGUUAACAGGGGCAUUUGCAUUGAGGCUGUCCAAGCACAAAAAGUUCUGCAAAACCACAAGGCAACACUGGUAGCUAAAGACAUGGCACAUGCUCUUUGGGGGCCAAGUAUACUUGCAGAGCGUAGUGUUGGUGGCACCGUGGCGCCGAGAGACAAGAGAAAUCCCAACUGCAGUGCACGUCCAAGGUUGUCUCCUAUUAAAGUCGGUGUCAUCAUAGACACCUUGACCUACUGGGGCAAAGAGAAGAAUGUUGACACAACGGGAGUCAUUAGGAACUUGAACACCAUCCUUUCUGACAAGAUUCAAGACGUAAGAAAGGCACUCAAAAAGAAGGGACAGUCCGGAGAUGUUCAGGAGGACCUGUCUUAAAGGCUUAACUUGUGUAGUUCCACCAGCACUUGAACUGUGAGGCAUCUUAAUGUGAGAACUCUGCGAGGCCAAUGUGUCAUUUUAUUUUGUGUUAUUGUGCCUUGGUGCUGCCAGUGAUGCGUGCAUAGCUCACACACAAAUAUUCGAAAAACUAAGCACUAAUAUCAUAACAUUAAUUUGUUUUGUAAUUUACAGGGUAGCGUGUGAUAAAAAUAUGCAUCUUUCACUGCACAGUGCUCCGUAACCACUCAAUGCACAAUGACUGUUCUGUGUCCAAGUGUUUAGCAUAUUGGUUCAUUUUAUCAUGGUGCAUUGAGUUUUGCUUUGCACAGCGGGAACAAAAAAUGUGCGAAACCCUACGGCAAAGAAAGCAGAUGGUCGCGUUAUGGUGGGCAGUUGAUGUGCUCAAUGACAGAUGGUGGUGCAAGUGUAACAAAAUUCUUCCCAUUCAAAUAUUGCGUGCUGUUUACAGGCACACAUAUGGGUGGCCAUGCUUCAUCAAGUUGCAGGCCUGUGGAGGUACGAGACAUCUGCCUUAGACAGAGUAAACUUCUCCCCGCAACGCGACUAUCUGCUUCGCUUGUCAUAGCGUUCUGCGCAUUUUUUCCCACUGUGCAACGGAAAAACUCAAUCACUUCUAAAUUUGGCAGUAUAAAAUGGACCAAUGUGCUCUAUAUUAGGACACCAGAACGGUCAUUCUGCUUCGAGUAAUUGCAGAGCAUGGUGCGGUGAAAGAUACGUGCUUCUAUCGCGCGCCACCCUGUACGUAAAUCUGCAUUCUUUUUGUGGGUCUUCACAUUACAGGGCACAUUGUCUACGCCAUUAAGUACAAACGUUUUUGGUCAUAUUCUUUUGUUCCUACAUUGUAGAAAAAUGUAUGCAAUUAUCCCGAGUUUCUAGUCUUUGAAAAUGCUUCACUGUGUAAUCCCACACGCAUGGAAAUAGAAGCUUCAUGGGUGUGCUGUUUUUUUUAAAUUAUUAUUGGGCCCUGGUGUGGCAAGUGAUGUGUGCAUCUCAACCAAAAUAUUUGCAAAAUGAAGCACUAAUAUUCUAACAUAGUGUUAUGGUUUUAUUGUAAUGCAGAUAAGCAGUUGCAUUCAUUUUACGUAUCUUCACAUUCAUGAUACAUUCUUGUCACUAAAUACAAAUGGUUUCGGCCGUAUUGUUCCUACAUUGUAGAAAAAAUUUUCCAGAGUUGCUAGUCUUAUUAUUAUUGGGUCUUGGUGUGGCAAGUGGUGUGUGCAUAGACUGCAUAAACAUAUUUGCAUAAUGAUGCUGUGAUAUCAUAUCCUUUUGCAUUUUUUAUUGAUAAUUUGCAUUUAGUGCAAAUGGUUUUUGCCAUUUUUUCCCUUUAGUUCCCUUGUAGAAAAACAUCACGCGUUACAGUGCUAUCUGUAAGGAAAAAUGUUUUCCCUAAACUCUGUGAACUGGCAGAGAGAUCUAUGCAAUACGAAAUAAAUGUGUACGUAUAUGGAGUGUGCAAUAAAAUAAUCUGUUUAUUUCAGUGUCA